AUGUCACGACCUUGGGACAACGAGCCUUCUGGUGUCAUGCGGGCCCUCAUCCUGACAUCCCCGGGACAGGAGCCACCAUCUGCGUGUUUCACCUAUACAGAAAUCUACCCCAGACCGUCCCUUCCUGGACCCGGUUGGGUUCUUGUUCGAAUUCGUGCCACCGGCAUCAACAGGGCUGAGCUUCGAGGUCGCGCCGGCGCACCCGCGUUCCCUGGGGAAUGGAGUCUCUGGCAAAAGUACUAUCGCCCGGAACCGCCUCAGAUUUUGGGCGAAGAAUUGGUCGGUGAAGUCGUCGAGGCGGCCGAAGACACGCCGUUCAAACCAGGUGACAAGGUUGCGUCCACCCAUGCCGGAGGGGGAAAGGCCUUUGACGGAUCCUACGCCGAAUAUGCCAUCUGCCAUUCACGCCGAGUUUACCAUCUACCGCAAGACACCACCUUGAGCUGGGAAUUGCUUGGGGCUCUCCCCAUGAGCUUCCUCACCGCCUACGGAAUGGUUAUGAUCUCGGCGCGACUGGGGAGCAGACCCGCAGGUUCCUCGGUCAUUGUCCAUGGGGCAACAUCGUCGGUGGGCGUUUUUGCCGUCCUGAUUGCGAAAGAUCAGGGAGCGUCUGUGACUGCAACCACCCGUCAAGCGAGGAAGGUGGACCAGCUCAAACACUGCGGUGCAGACCAUGUGCUCUUGGAGUCCGAGCUUGAUGGAAAGAUUCCCCAGAUCCUGCCCAAUGGUGCGGAUGUUGUCAUCGAGCUCGUCGGAGCGGAUCAAUCGAUGCGUGCCCUCGGAUGGACGGCCUUGUUUGGGAGUGUCGUUGUUUCUGGCGUCCUCAACUCGUCUGCCAUCGUCGAACCGUUUUCUCCCUUUCUCAUACCGACCACCCGGAACCUGUCCUUCUACUCAGUCGCUAAUGACGGUAUAGGUGACCACGACGCCGGAGCUAGGCACACCGACAUUGAACCGAUAUUCGCCUACGCUGUGAAGAAGAUCGAAGACGGAAAGUGGAAGAAGGAGCAUUUCGUGGACAGUGUCUACCAUCUUUCCGACAUUGGCAAGGCACACGAGCGCGCGGAAAAGAACGAGGCCACUGGAAAACUAGUGGUCCUCGUCCCCUAG